UGUCCCGUGAGGCCCCGCGCGCGGUUCCGGCGGGCCGGGCCGGGCUGGGAUCGGGAUCAGGGCCGGGAUCGGGCCGGGAUCGGGGCCAGGCCGGGAUCGGGGCCGGGCCGGGAUGGAGGCCGUGCCCCGCAUGCCCAUGAUCUGGCUCGACCUCAAGGAGGCCGGAGAGUUCGCCUUCAACGCCGCCGUCAAGAAGUUUGUCUUGAAGAACUAUGGGGAGAACCCGGAGAACUACAAUGAGGAGCUGCGGAAGCUGGAGCUGCUCCGGCAGAGCGCCGUCAGCGUUCCCAGGGACUUCGAGGGCUGCAGCACCUUGCGCAAGUACCUGGGACAGCUGCAUUUCCUGCAGAGCCGCAUCCCCAUGGGAAACGGGCAGGACGCGGCCGUGCCGGUCACCUGGACUGAGAUCUUCUCGGGCAAGACGGUGACACAUGAGGACAUCAAGUAUGAGCAGGCCUGUGUCCUCUACAACCUGGGAGCUCUGCAUUCCAUGCUGGGAGCCAUGGACAAGCGAGUGUCUGAGGAGGGCAUGAAGGUUUCCUGCACCCACUUCCAAUGUGCUGCUGGUGCCUUCACCUACCUGCGGGAUCACUUCCCACAUUCCUACAGUGUGGACAUGAGCCACCAGAUCCUCAGCCUCAACAUCAACCUUAUGCUGGGCCAGGCACAGGAAUGUCUCCUGGAGAAGUCCAUGCUGGACAACAGGAAAAGCUUCCUCGUGGCCCGGAUCAGUGCCCAGGUGGUGGAUUACUACAAGGAGGCSUGCCGGGCGCUGGAAAACUCGGAGACGGCCUCACUGCUCGGCAAGAUCCAGAAGGAUUGGAAGAAACUGGUUCAGAUGAAAAUCUAUUAUUUUGCUGCCGUGGCCCACCUGCACAUGGGGAAACAGGCUGAGGAGCAGCAGAAGUUUGGGGAAAGGGUCAUCUACUUCCAGAGUGCUCUGGAUAAGCUCAACGAAGCCAUCAAGCUGGCAAAGGGACAGCCUGAAACUGUGCAGGAAGCUCUGAGGUUCACCAUGGAUGUCAUCGGAGGGAAGUACAAUUCAGCCAAAAAAGACAAUGACUUCAUCUACCACGAGGCUGUGCCCGCACUGGACACUCUGCAGUCUGUCAAAGGUGCCCCCUUGGUGAAGGCUCUGCCCGUCAACCCCACGGACCCCGCGGUCACCGGCCCUGACAUCUUUGCCAAGCUGGUGCCCAUGGCUGCCCACGAGGCCUCGUCCCUGUACAGCGAGGAAAAGGCCAAACUGCUGCGGGAUGUGAUGGCCAAGAUUGAAGCCAAGAACGAAGUGCUGGACCAGUUCAUGGACUCCAUGCAGCUGGAYCCUGAGACCGUGGACAACCUGGACAUGUACAACCACAUUCCACCCGUGCUGAUGGAGAAAUGUGCCGCGCUCAGCGUGCGCCCCGACACCGUCCGCAACCUCGUCCAGUCCAUGCAGGUGCUCUCCGGGGUCUUCACCGAUGUGGAGGCAUCGCUGAAGGAGAUCCGGGACCUGCUGGAAGAGGAUGAGGUGCAGGAGCGGAAGCUGCAGGAGCUGCUGGGGAGGGUCCCGCCGGCACCGGGGUCCCCCCCGGGGCUGGCCGAGGUGAGCAAGGAGUGCUCCAAGUACCUGGAGCUACACGAGAAGGCCAGUUUCACCAACACCGAGCUGCACCGUGCCAUGAACCUGCACCUGGGCAACCUGCGCCUGCUCGGCGGCCCCCUGGAGCAGGUCCGGGCYGCGCUGCCCACCCCCAGCCUCUCCGAAGAUGACAAACAGGUGCUGCAGAACCUGAAGCGGAUUCUGGCCAAAGUGCAGGAGAUGCGGGACCAGCGAAUGUCCCUGGAGCAGCAGCUGCGGGAGAUGAUCCAGAAGGAUGACAUCACAACCUCACUGGUUACUACUGACCGCUCUGAGAUGAAGAAGCUCUUCGAGGAGCAGCUGAAGAAGUACGACCAGCUCAAAGUGUACCUGGAGCAGAACUUGGCUGCCCAGGAGAACGUGCUCAAGGCCCUGACCGACGCCAACGUCAAAUACGCGGCCGUGCGCAAGGCCCUGGCUGAGGUGGAGCACAAAUGGAACACGACYGUGCAGACCCUGGUGGCCUCUUACGAGGCCUAUGAGGACCUGAUGAAGAAGUCCCAGGAGGGGAAGGAUUUCUACACGGACCUGGAGGGGAAGGCGGCCAAGCUGCUGGAGCGAGCRCGAGCCGCGUGCCAGGCCAGCGAGGCACACCGGCAGCAGCUGCUGGAGAGGGAGCUGAAGAAGCAGCCGCCUCCCCGACCCACGGCCCCGAAGCCCCCCCUGCAGAAGAAGCUGCCGGAGCUGGAGGCUGGGGGUCCCGAGGCCGCCGAGUUGGGCUCCCUGGUGCUGUCGGAGCUGCCAGAGGAGCUGCGGAGCAUCCCCCCGGAGCUGCUGCCUGGGUCUCUGGCCCAGCUACCCCCGCCUGCGCUGGCCGCCAUGGCCGSGGGGCUGCGGCCCCCUGAGCCCUACAUGCUGCCAGGAGGGGUGGCCAGCGCCCCGCURCCACCCUUGGCCCCCACGCCCCCCUUCCCGGGCCACUACCGCCUGCCCGGGCCCCCUGCCAUGCCUGGCCCCUUCCCUCCCACCGGGGGAGUUCCGGGGCAGCUCCUGCAGCCCUCGGCCCCUGCCGGGCCCGCCCCCAGCUCUGCCGCCCCCCAGCUCUUCCCGGCCACACCCCUGAUCCGUGCCCCGGGACAGCCAAGCUUUGGGGGGCCCCAUGGGCUGCCCCCGCGCUCGUCCCCCCAGCACGGGGCCCUGCCCACCCCCGCCUACGGCCUGGGCCAGCCCGGGGCAGCCCCUGGCCCACUCCGGCCCCCCAUGCCUGGGGCAGCACCCGUGGUUGCCCAGCCAGGGAUGGGUGGCCCUGAACCCCCGGGGACACGCCCGGCCACCACCACGGUGGACAGUAUCCAGGCCCCCAUCUCCAGCUGCUCYUUGCCCCCCCGCGGACCUCCGGGCCCCUUCCUGCCCCCCCAGCGCCCGGCGGUGCCCCCUUCCCCCUUCCCUUUCCCCUACACUGCAGCGAGAGUUCAACCCUUCACGGCACCGGCCCAGCCUCCCUUUCCCCCGGCACAGCCUCCGCCCGCCUUCGCCCAGGGCCCCCAGCACUUGCCCCCGCGUCCCUUCCUGUCCCCGGGCCAAGCCCAGRCCCCGCUGCCCUUCCAGCAACCGCCCCGAGUCCCCCUGGCCGCCCCGGCCCAGUUCCCCCAGCAGCCCUUCAGCGGUCCUGGGGGACAGCUGCCACCCCCGGCCCCGGGGCAGKCCCCGCUGCCCCCGCAGCUCUACCAGCUCCCCGGACAGGACCAGCUGCCCCCCACGGGCCUCACCCCACAUCCGGGGGCCGUGCCCUUCCCCAGGACCCCUGCCCAGAGCGGACCCCCGGCCCUGGGGGCGCUCCAGACGGUGCCCCCCGGCUCCCCAGCGCUGCCCUUCUGCCCCAGCCCGGCCCCACCCAGCGCUCAGUUGCCCCCCGGGACCAUGGCCCUGGGCCCCCCCGCGCCCACCCCACCCACCCCGGCCCCCUCUCCCGGCCCCGUGCCGGGUACCGUGGUGGUCCAGGGCCCACUAGUCCCCUCCCCGGCUCCGUCUCCGUCCCCUGCCCUGCCUAUGCAGCCCCCGGCGCCGCGACCCUCGCCGGCUCUGCCCCCGCCGGGCGCCGGGGAUGCACCGUUCCCGCGGCAGAGCGCCUGCCCUGCCGACCUGCUGUCGUCCAGCCCCGAGAGCCAGCCCGGCGGCUCGGCCGCGCCCGGGGGGCUGCUGCAGCCCACUAAGGCGGGGGCGCAGGAGGGGCAGCGGCCCCGGGCCGUGCAGCUCAUCGAGGCCGACCCUUACGCGGAGCCCGAGCGCGUCCGGCGGCUGCUGGCGGAGCUGGAGCGGUUCCGCGCCCAGGCCGAGCGGCUGGAGCGGCCCGCACCAGGCGGUGGCUCCGAGCUGGACGCGCUCUGGAAGGAGCUGCAGGAGGCCCAGGAGCGUGACGCCCGGCAACGCUCCAUCGCCAUCGCCCGCUGCUACUCCAUGAAGAACCGGCACCAGGACAUCAUGCCCUACGACUGCAAUCGCGUCGUGCUGCGCUCGGGCAAGGAUGACUACAUCAACGCUAGCCGCGUGGAGGAUCUGUCCCCGUACUGCCCCGCCCUCAUCGCCACCCAGGCCCCGCUGGUCGGCACCGCCGCUGACUUCUGGCUCAUGAUCUACGAGCAGAAGGUGUCCGUGGUGGUCAUGCUGGUGUCCGAACAGGAGCUGGACAAGAAGGUGCUCCGGUACUUCCCGUCGGAGCGGGGCCAGCCGGUGGCGCAGGGCCCCCUGACCCUGGUGCUCACCAGCCUGCGGGUGACCCCCACGCACGUGGAGCGGAUGCUGACGCUGCAGUACCGUGACCAGAGCCUCAAACGUACCGUCGCCCACCUCCAGUUCACCUCCUGGCCUGAGCUGGGCCUGCCCGACAGCAAGGGGAGCCUCCUGCGCUUCAUCCAGGAGGUGCAUGGCCAUUACCUGCACCAGCGCCCACUGCACACUCCUGUCGUGGUGCACUGCAGCUCCGGCGUGGGCCGCACCGGCGCCUUCUGCCUGCUCUACGCCGCCGUGCAGGAGGUGGAGGCCGGGAACGGCAUCCCGGACCUGGCGCAGCUGGUGAGGCGCAUGCGGCAGCAGCGCAAGCACAUGCUGCAGGAGAAGCUGCACCUCAARUUCUGUUUCGAGGCCGUCCUGCUCCACGCCGAGCAGGUGCUGCUGCGCCAUGGCGUGGGUGGCCCUGCCUUGGCCAAGCCCCCCAACAGCACCUCCCCCAAGCUCUACUUCCAACAGGACCCCCAGGACCUGGUGCUGGGGGGGGACGUGCCCAUCAGCUCCAUCCAGGCCACCAUCGCCAAGCUCAGCAUCAAAACAGGGGGGCCCAGCACAGAGCCUGGGGAGGGCUGGGGGGUGGAUCCCGCUUCCCCCCCAGACCCUGUGGAUCCUGAGGUGCCACCRGUGAUUCCUGACGGCGUCGUGGACGGUGUCCCCGAGCUCCCUGCCCCGGAGCCACCCGUCCCCGAGCCAUCGGGUGACACUGAGAGCAGCAACCAUAUUGGGGGGGAGAGCCCCGAGGGGCCGGAGGGACCGCCAGAGCCCCCUGCUCCCCCCCCAGCUGCCGCCUCCUCCUCCUCACUGGAGCUCUUGGCCUCACUGACGCCAGAGGCCUUCAGCCUGGACGCCUCCCUCAAGGGCAAACAGCGCAUGAACAAGCAGAAUUUCCUGCAGGCGCAGCCGGGUGAGGGGCUCCGGAGGCCACGGCCCAGCGAUGACCCCCUCAGCAUGCUCGACCCCCUUUGGACCCUCAACAAGGCGUGAGGGGGGUGGGGGCCUCCCGGCCCCCAGCCCCACUUUGUUUGACUCCAGGUAGAACUGACUUUUUCAGCUCUUUGCUACUAAAAUAAAGCGAGUUUAUCUGCAGGGCCGGGUCGUGCUGCUGUCGGGGGUGGGAGGAUCAGRGCUCAGCCUAGCUCGGGUUAGUUCCGUUUAAUGGAUGUUCCUGCACACGUUAUAAAACACGAUCGGUACAAAAAGCGUCCCCUGUACAGCACAAAGGUACAGCUGGGCGAAGGCCACCCGCGGGGGGCUGGGCCAGGGUCCCGGGGGUCUCCCCUGGCCCAGGCCGGCGCCGCCUCUACAAUCACCG